CCUCCCAAAGUGCUGGGAUUACAGGUAUGAGCCACUGGGCCAAACUGAGACUCUUAUUUUCUAGAGAUGCAAAGCUUCAUACCUGUUGUGUUAGCUGUAUUUGUUAUGUUGGUCAGAUUGUAUAAUCAAUACAGUGUACUUUCUGUCUCUGUGGAUUUGCUUAUUUGGGCUGUGUCACAUAAAUGGAAUCAUAGAGCGUGCCUGGCUUCUGUGCUUUUUUGGUUUUUAAGUCCAGUUGAGAAGGAUUGAGUUACAUCAUGGCUUUGCUCUCUGCUUCUCCCUCCACAGUGCUGGGAACCUCCUGUCCUUUCUGUGCUUUUCCUCAUCUCGUGGCUUCUCAGGCUGCCCUCCACCUCUGUCCGUUCAGGCUUCUGCUGUGCGGCUUCUCUCAUGUGUUUCUCAGUUAAUUCUGGCUCGCACAGUUUCCUUACAGGUCUUCCCUACCCAGCUCAUUGUUCUUUGGUGUCAGUCCAUUUUCUUCAUGUAAUUGUCUGAUCCUGUUUCCUGUUUUUUUGUUUUUUUUAACACCAACUUAAACAAAUGAUUCUUUCCUUAUUCUAUCUGUGCUUUUGAAAUUUUCUUGUGAUUCCUGCAGUAAAUCCUCUCUGAGGUUAGAGUCUUCUAUUCAGAAUGUCCUGAAUACACAGCCCUGACUCCCAUAGGCACGUUGACCUGACCGGUCGAUGUAUCACGCGUGGCCCUGAGCUCUGAGCACUUGUGGUGGUGAAUCUCCUGCCCUGAAUAGUUGAAGCACCUGGCUCCCAACCUUCUCCCCAGUCUCUGUGUUGGUGCUGGGUGUCUUCCUCCUGUCCCCACUGCUGAGUCCCCAGGAUUCCCAUGAAGGAGGCACCCUUACAGCUGCUUUUCUCCAGGAAUUGUCCUGGCUCCUCUUCUGCCUUUAUCCCAGGGGCCCCGUUUUCCAAAAUGUGUUUUGCACUUCCGAAAUGCAGACAGGGAACACAAGGCUCAGACAGCCAGGCAGAAAGGGCACCAGUCUGGUGUUGGGGAGAUGGAGGCAGGUAUUUGCACACCCUAAUGGGCAAGGGUGCCUACUGCCCAGGUUCCUGGCCGGCCCUGGCCUGGAGUCAGGGCUAGGAAGGCUGCGUCUGCCACAGGUGUGUCUGCUUCUCUGUUACUGGCUACUGAUUGUCAGUGCAUGUGUGCCACCUGUGUGUCUUUGUGGGUACUCGCACUUGUCCAGUGGAGCCUCUGCAGCGGCGACCUGCACCCCGGAGGCCGUGUUGAACUGAACCCCUGCAGUCAGCCCUUCAGUGUGAGUUAUUUCUUGGCUUUGCCUGCCAUUUAAUGAAAAGAUCCUACCUUGAGAUCUCUGGAAUUCUUUGAGCUUUGAAAACAAUUGUCUUGGGAUCCCUGAUUGGGGGAAUGAAAAAUUACCAGUGAGUAACAUUAAUCCCCUUUUUCACUGAGCUAGAAGCAGCGUGGGUGGACUUGUUCCUCUGAAGUGCAGGGUUUAGAAAGAUAAGUUUUCAUUUCCCUUCUUAGUGCAGGUUUGAGAAAUAUAAUCCCGGCAGCUGCUUGGUUUCUACAAUAGGAUAUCCAGCCGGCCAUGUGGAAACCUGCUACAGACUGAUGUUAAGGAGACCGUAAGGGAGGCAUGCAGUAACUGUUUGUAACCAGGUGGUGGCUGUUGUGUAAUACAAAUAGCAUUUCUGAUGAGGUGGUACGGUUAUACAAUUUUGGCCAGCCCGUGUGGGUUAUAAAAGCUGAAAUUCCUUCGGCACCCAAAAGCGUCUCACUCUGAGCACCAGGACAAUCACAGGGUUGCACAGACGCCAGCACAUAGCGGUGGGUGGGGCACCGACUAAAGGACAUUUUUGUGGAUAGGGUGAGGUUUCACUGUGAAGGUGCUAGGAGAUGCCGUUUGCAGAUCUCAUCGCUGCCUGAGAAUCGGGUGCUCCAGCACCAAAGAGCCAACUCUGAUCCUGGGCUCCUUGCUUGAAUAAGCCUUCACUUCCAGCUGCUCCAGUCCAACGGCUGUGCAGAACUGCUCAUUUUGUCUUGAUGAUGGGCAUUGGUAAGAACACCACGUCCAAGUCAAUGGAGGCUGGAAGUUCAACAGAAGGCAAAUACGAAGAUGAAGCAAAGCACCCCACUUUCUUUACUCUUCCGGUGGUGAUAAAUGGAGGUGCCACAUCCAGUGGUGAGCAGGACAAUGAAGACACGGAGCUCAUGGCGAUCUACACCACGGAAAAUGGCAUUGCAGAAAAGAGCUCCCUCGCGGAGACCCUGGAUAGCACUGGCAGUCUGGACCCCCAGAGAUCGGACAUGAUUUACACCAUAGAAGAUGUUCCUCCCUGGUACCUCUGUAUAUUUCUGGGGUUGCAGCACUACCUGACGUGCUUCAGCGGCACGAUCGCGGUGCCCUUCCUGCUGGCCGACGCCAUGUGUGUGGGGUACGACCAGUGGGCCACCAGCCAGCUCAUCGGGACCAUUUUCUUCUGCGUGGGGAUCACAACUUUGCUGCAGACGACUUUUGGAUGCAGGUUACCCCUGUUUCAGGCCAGUGCUUUUGCAUUUUUGGCCCCUGCUCGAGCCAUCCUGUCUUUAGAUAAAUGGAAAUGUAACACCACAGAUGUUUCAGUUGCCAAUGGAACGGCCGAACUGUUGCACACAGAACACAUCUGGUACCCCCGGAUCCGAGAGAUCCAGGGGGCCAUCAUCAUGUCCUCACUGAUAGAAGUGGUCAUCGGCCUCCUAGGCCUGCCUGGGGCUCUGCUGAAAUACAUCGGGCCCCUGACCAUCACGCCUACAGUGGCCCUCAUUGGCCUGUCUGGUUUCCAGGCAGCAGGAGAGAGGGCUGGCAAGCACUGGGGCAUCGCCAUGCUGACAAUUUUCCUAGUAUUAUUGUUUUCUCAGUAUGCCAGAAAUGUUAAGUUUCCUCUCCCAAUUUAUAAAUCCAAGAAAGGGUGGACUGCGUACAAGUUACAGCUUUUCAAAAUGUUCCCUAUAAUCCUGGCCAUCCUGGUGUCCUGGCUGCUCUGCUUCAUCUUCACAGUGACGGAUGUCUUCCCUCCUGACAGCGCAAAGUACGGCUUCUACGCUCGCACGGAUGCCAGGCAGGGCGUGCUUCUGGUGGCCCCGUGGUUCAAGGUUCCUUACCCAUUCCAGUGGGGACUGCCCACCGUGUCCGCGGCCGGCGUCAUCGGCAUGCUCAGCGCCGUGGUGGCCAGCAUCAUCGAGUCUAUUGGGGACUACUACGCCUGUGCGAGGCUGUCCUGUGCCCCUCCGCCUCCCAUCCACGCCAUAAACAGGGGGAUUUUCGUGGAGGGGCUCUCAUGUGUUCUCGAUGGCAUAUUUGGUACCGGGAAUGGCUCUACAUCAUCCAGUCCCAACAUUGGAGUUUUGGGAAUUACAAAGGUUGGCAGCCGCCGGGUGAUACAGUGCGGAGCAGCCCUCAUGCUCGCCUUGGGCAUGAUCGGCAAGUUCAGCGCCCUCUUCGCGUCUCUUCCGGAUCCCGUGCUCGGAGCCCUCUUCUGCACGCUCUUCGGAAUGAUCACAGCUGUUGGCCUCUCUAACCUGCAGUUCAUUGAUUUAAAUUCUUCCCGCAACCUCUUUGUGCUUGGAUUUUCAAUCUUCUUUGGGCUCGUCCUUCCAAGUUACCUCAGACAGAACCCUCUUGUCACAGGGAUAACAGGAAUCGAUCAAGUACUGAACGUCCUUCUCACAACCGCUAUGUUUGUGGGAGGCUGUGUGGCUUUUAUUUUGGAUAACACCAUCCCAGGUACCCCAGAGGAAAGAGGAAUUCGGAAGUGGAAGAAGGGCGUGGGCAAAGGGAACAAGUCACUCGACGGCAUGGAAUCCUACAAUUUGCCGUUUGGCAUGAACAUUAUUAAAAAGUACAGAUGCUUCAGCUACUUGCCCAUCAGCCCCACCUUCGUGGGCUACACGUGGAAAGGGCUCAGGAAGAGCGACAGCAGCCGGGGCUCGGACGGGGACUCGCAGGCUGCGGUAUAGCCCCAGCCGCGCCAGCCGCGGUGAGGCGCGUGCCCGUAGUUCCUGCUGGCUAACAAGAAGUGAAAUAUAUGUUUGUAUAUCUACAUUUACAUUCUUCACCCCAGAGCUAAGACAGAUCGCAAGUAGCUUUUCUGUUGUGGGUGGUGAUCGUGUCUAAUACGUGUCUCGCCUAUCUCCUUAUUUAAGCCCUUGACCCCAUGCCCUUCGAGAGUGUCCAUUGCUGGCCGUGGUCACUGAACUUGAAGUUCCAGGCCCCCCGUGGGAGUGGGUGUUUGAAAUCCACAGUGAUUCCUUGCUUUCGGUCCCCUUCUGCCACCCAGUGCUGGCUUUCCUGCAGGUUGCCUCCCAGGCUCUGGGGCUUUUUGUCUUGGGAGCCCCUGGACCCACUUCCCGUGUGUUUGACCUCAGCCUGCGCCUGCAUAGACUUCCUCUGACCAAGGGGCACCAGUGUCCUAGCAGUGUCAUGACUGGCUCAUGUGAUUCUGUUGUCCCUGAUAACUCCUGUAGGAGGAGGCUGUGGCCCUAUUGGAGACAGUGCUGUGGCUGCCCUGUGCCCGGGUCUGGGCAUGGCCAGGUCUAUACAGAUGCUAUUAAAAGAAAAUCUGUUCGGGGGAUUGGAGCAGAAGGGAAAGGACCCUGAAGCCAAUGUCUGAUUCUCAACUGCUCCUUCCCCCGCCGUCCUGGCCCCAGCUGGCCUCUACUUACUUGUGGCCGAGACACUAUCUGGCAUUUGUCACUACUGGCUGGUGUGACGGGUACAGAGUGCCGCGUAAGGGCACCAAUCCGACAAGUUCACGGGAGUCUUGGCUCUGCUGUCAUGUGAUGCUAUUGUCGCGCGCGUCUAUAAUUACAAGGUUUUAUUCCUAUUUAAUGUUACUGACUAUAGCAGAUUUUUGAAAUCAGUGUUUUUCCAUGUGACCCUCUUUCCUUGCGCCCCUAUUACUUGUCUCCCCCACCCCCUAAUUAAGAAGAGAACCAGCAUUUGUAAAGCUGUGGACACCGUCGAGGAAGCUUGUUGUAACGGCUUUUGGAGGCCAGUAACCAUUGUUGUGGUUGUGUUUUGUAUUGCUUGAUACCAUGAAAGUGUAAAUACUGUAAUGCCUAAUCUAUUUAUCAAAACUGACUACUGGACCAGAGCCCAGAAACGGUGGGUCGAGUCAUAUGUGAAUUUGUUUUGUGAAGAAGGGAAGCUGGGCAGGUACCGGACAGGGCAGCCACGUGGACUGGUCCAGCAUCCAGGAAACUGAAUACUCCAGUUCUCCUGUGGCAAGUCAUUUCUGGCAGUCAUGGCCUAAGGAGACUUUCUGUGGGUUGUCACACUUGCAUGCCCAUUUGAUCUCGAUUUUGCAGAGGGUAAGGUUAGGUCCCUUGGCCUUUCUUGUUAAAGUUGUUGCGGAAGGUGGUGGGAAAAGCAGCCAACAAGCUCCCUCUGUUAAAAGAGUUUCUAAUUAAUAACACUAAAUUCUUUCUGAAAAAAAAAAUGGUUUCUGUCGAAUUUGGUUUGAAGUUUUUCAGCCGAAGGAAAAGCCUGAGAUAGGAAGUAGUGACCUUGCUUCGUGAGGUCAUACAUCUUAGGGGGUCAGUGGCCGGGGCGAGCUUUGGUGGGCAGCAGGCGUUCCCGACUCCUGUCCCCAGCAGCAGCCUCACGUCCACACGGUGCAUUCCCCUCCCCUCAACCCCAGGCUGGCUGGGCUUUCCGCACUAUGGUGCUGACGGCAUCGCGUCUCGGCAGCCCCUGGACUCCUGGAAGUUUGGGGCUUCAGGGCUUAUUCUAGAAGAACACCUCAGAGCCACUACAUUGUUUUGCCAAAAUCUUACUGCACAUGAAGUAAAGAACUUAGACUCUAAAUUACAUUUAAUUUUGUAUAUUUUUUAAAAUGUGUAUUUGAUUCAUAGUUUAGAAGCACACUGGUUCACAAUUUCCAUACCUCUCAAUGUGGUAAGCCCUUGAGGCUCACGCCUUUCUACCUUGAGCUGCUUUCAGUUCAUUCUAUUUGUAUUUUGCUCAAAAUCUCCAAUUUCUCUGCUCUAAAAAAUGGGGGAAACUGCUAACCACCCUGGAGAUUUGCAGUAUUCUAGCUCUCCAGGUGUCCAGAAGGACCAAAUAGACAAAUAAAAACAAUGAGCGCCAUCAGCAAUUCAGGAGCAAGUUCUCUUCAACCUAACUGGGUCUCCUCCCUCCUCUGAAUAACGCUCAGGCUGUGUACUUUAGAUGUCCAGAAACCCGCUCCCUUCCGAAGCCUCUCCUCGGGCUGGGUUUCACUGGGAGGCUUCAUCCCUGCUAGUCUGGGGGAAUGCUGCAGAAUCCUCUGCAAGCAUUCAUAUCCUCCGCACCUCCGCCCUUCUUACUCCACUGGGGGGCCGUCUUUUGAUAUCCUGUCCAGGGAGACAGAAGGGGAUCAGAGGUGGGAGAAAGGAGGGCAGCCUGCUUAGAUGCCUCCCUUGAAUCUGGUACUUUCUGCACAGCCUAGCGUGAUUGCAGUCCCCUGGUAACUAACACAUCUUGCACAUGCGACACACUCUCAAACCGCUGUAGGAAGUGGUCCUCCUGGUAGCACAUACGCUCCGGAAUGAAAGUCUGUAUUUGGAAAAAAAAAAAAAGAACGAAUUCAUCUGUUUCUUGGGUUUAAGCACACACCUGAAGGGAGGUUUUGGGGGACUCAGCAGCCAUGCAUGGUUGUAACAUGCAUGGUCAUAACACUUCCCACGUCGUCGUCCCGCAUUGCUAGGGCUUCGGACCAUAGUGCUUGGUUUUGCCAGUAAAUUGUUCUAAAAUACUUUGGAUGUGACUGUCCUUGCAGGCCAUUCUGUCUCCAAUCUCCAUAGUGACCACCUAUCCUGCCACCUUCACAUGCCACCUGCCUGGUCCCUGAAAGCAAGCAUUUGUGCUGGCAAACCCAACAUGGAAAGUAGAAGGUGUUGGCAAGGACAGGAGAUGAUGCCAUCCUCACAGUGUGGAGUCGGGGGACCCCACCACUGGUUCACAGACUAGUGGGAAAUAGCUCCAGUCUUUGUAAGCGAUCUUCAUCCUCAUUAGGAAGUUUAAUGUAGAUUCACUGAUGUGUUUAUUUUCAGAAUCGUUCAGAGGAUUUCAAGUGUUAACUUUUAGUUAGUUUCCUAGGAUUGAGCAAGGCAAGGGAAGUGGCUAAGCCAUGCCGGCCGGAGUGCAGCAUCGUGGGUCCUGUUGGUUUCCCAUUUUCGUGGUAACAAAUUCACACACAGGUUUUGCUUUAUACUGUAGAAUACUGACUUUCAUGAUGACAACUUGGUUUAUGCAUGAAUAUUGCAGUAUUUCCAUAUAGUAAAAUAACAUUUCUACCCAGGAUAAUAGUCACAGUUUUCCAGGGAGGGAAUGAUAUAAUUUUCAUGACAAUGUCAUGUGAUGAUAGAAUUUCUCCAUUGAUGAAUCUCUAGUAUGUGUGUAUACUUUAUUUACCCAUCCACGUAUUUUAUGACCAUGAGCUAAGUUGUUAUUUCUUUCAUUCAUGUCCCUGCUGAACUAUUGGUACUAGCAACUUAGAUGUAAAGUUGUCAAGCCUAAUCUUCAGUUAGUACCGAUGCCAUAAGAGUGGCCGGGCCAGACAGAAGGUGAAUAAGGAGCCGAAGUGGGAGGCCUCAUUCCAGAACUGGUCUGGCCAGAGAAGAGGCGGCGUCCUGCAGGCCUGGGGGUACGUUCGCUGCACGCACCGGCCUGGCCCAGCCUGGCAUGGCUGGCAGGAGGGCCUGCUUGCCCGGCUGUCGCUGGACACCAGCUGUGCACCGUUAGUGCACAGCCCCUGGCCCGAGCAGUCACACAGCUCACUUCUCCAGGGAGCCACCCCUCGGCUUCAGGGAAGAGGCCGGGGAUGCAGGUGCUGCCUGUUGUACUCUGUCCCCUUAUGAUUUGGACACAGAGAAUAGGACAUCUCCCUUCCGCCCAUCCUCCAGUGAGACCCGAGUGGUGCAAGAAGGCCGCCCAUUUUUGCCAGUGUUCAGCUUCCGCCCGUGGACCCAGGCAGCACACGAGUGCUGGGGAUCCCUUUGCAGCAGCCUCACACAUUCCCAUCCUUUCGGGUUGUCGUUGACCGUGCCUCACCGUCACCCUGUCAUCCAGCGUCUGUAGCAUUGCUGUGCGUGUUUCCAGGCACUUAGGACACCCUUACCAGCGUUGCCAUCUUACUGACAGUUCAAACGAAUCUCCUUUUCUGUUUGUUAGUAAUGACCUUUGUUUGAAACAUUAAUACAUUUCUGACUGUUCUUACAACAGUGGGGAUGCCUAUAUUUUCCUUGAGUUUUUGUGACUGACUUUGGCUAUAUACCUUUCUGGGAUUUUGUUUGUUUAUUUUUAUUUUGCAUACCGAGGGUAUUUGGGGUGGGGUUGUUUUUUGAGAUGUGUAAUUCUUUUACGGAGUUUUUAAAAAGAAUUUUCAUAUUGUUUUUCUAACAUGGCUUCAUUAAAUGUUUAAGUAUUUUAAAAAAAAAAUGUAAUAUUUGGACCAGAUGUUGUGAAUAAUAGUAGAGAUAAAGCUAUUUUAUUCUGUAUUUUUAAAACUUGUUCCGUACAAAUAAAAGCUCUCCUGGACACAG